ACGCCCUUCGGCCUCCUCAGAGUAUUCAGCGUUGUGAUCCCUUUCCUGUAUGUCGGGACUCAGAUCAGUAAGAACUUCGCAGCCCUACUUGAAGAACAUGAUAUCUUUGUCCCAGAGGAUGACGAUGAUGAUGAUUAAAGGAACUGUAAUGGAAGAACAGCAGGGAGAAAAACCAUUGACAAAGCAAUGGUUCCAACACCUGUGUUGUCACCUGUGUUUUGUCCUUCCUAAACGGGACGGGGGGCUCUGUAUCCCCUUUGCCAGCCAGUGUCCUGCGCAUGUCUGACUAUGAUGGAAAUCUGUAGAUCAGGGUUGAAGGACGUGCUUGAUAGGCCCUGCAUCUUUGCACACACACACUCACCUCAUCAAAGACUGCUUGGGAUUCCUUUUAUUAGCAAUAUAGGAAAAACUUAAUUAAAGAUCAAGAGCUUGAGAU